AUGAACUUAUCAGAGUCUGUUUGGCUCUCGGAGGAGCCGCGGAACCUCAGCAGAGUGGAGGAGGAGCAGAAACUUUUAUUCGGGAUCGGCACGGAUAAUUUCAUCACGCUCUUGGUUUUCGGGCUCAUCUUUACGCUCGGCGUGCUGGGCAACUCCAUGGUGAUCACCGUGCUGGCCCGGAGCAAACCGGGGAAACCGCGGAGCACCACCAACAUAUUCAUCCUCAACCUGAGCAUUGCGGACCUCUCCUACCUGCUCUUCUGCAUCCCCUUUCAGUCCACCAUCUACAUGAUGCCGACGUGGGUCCUGGGCGCCUUCAUCUGCAAAUUCAUCCACUAUUUCUUCACCGUGUCCAUGCUGGUGAGCAUCUUCACCCUGUCGGCCAUGUCCGUGGACCGAUACAUUGCCAUCGUGCACUCCAGAAAGUCCUCCUCUAUCCGGGUGGCGAAGCAUGCUUUAAUCGGGGUGGUGCUGAUUUGGAUACUCUCUCUGGCCAUGGCAGCGCCUGUCAUGUAUUACCAGAACAUUUUCCACAGAGGGGAGAAUCAGACCUUUUGCUGGGAAGUGUGGCCGGAUCAGAACCAGAAGAAGGUGUAUGUCGUUUGCACGUUUGUGUUCGGUUAUGUGUUGCCCCUUCUGCUGAUCUCCUUCUGCUAUGCAAAGGUUCUAAAUCACUUGCACAAAAAACUAAGAAAUAUGUCCAAAAAGUCAGAGGCAUCAAAGAAAAAGACAGCUCAGACGGUGCUGGUGGUGGUAGUGGUGUUCUGCCUCUCUUGGCUCCCUCAUCACGUCGUUCACCUCUGGGUGGAGUUUGGGACCUUCCCGCUGAACCAGGCCUCCUUUGUGUUACGGGUGGCCGCCCACUGCCUUGCGUACAGCAACUCAUCUGUCAACCCGGUCAUCUACGCCUUCCUGUCGGAGAAUUUUAGAAAGGCUUACAAGCAGGUGUUCAAAUGCCAGAUCGGUACCAGUGACUCCCCGCUAAACGACAUUAAGGAGAUCCGCAGCAAAGCGGAGACGCCGCCCUCGACUAACUGCACCAACGUUUGACUGACAAGGUGCGAAUGGUGACACGAAAAUGAAUUAAGGCAACUGUCGCGCUGAAAGUCAGUGUAAAGUCAUAGUGACAGGGCCAUCAGGCAUGAGUGAGUGUGUAGAUUUUUUUGAUGUAAGCAAGUGUAGUUGCUUGGAUAUUGCUUCUACUGUACUAUUCCACAUAUGCGCUGUUCAUUAUAACUGAACUAGAAGAGAUAAAGCCACUGUGGAUGCAGGACAUGAUUACUUGCUCUUUGAUAAGUCCCUGUUUCCCUUAUCUCUUCAUAUCAUUAAAACCUGUAGAAUCUAAUACUCAGGACAAUGAUACCCCCUCGGAAGUGAAAUGCAUUUUGAUUACAAACAUGCCAAUAUCUUAGAAAUAUAAGGCACCUUAAGACUUCAAAAGUAGUAAAAAUCUAACUUUUUUCACAGAAAGUAAGAAUUGCAUUAUACUAAGUGAAAACAUAAUCACCUGCUGCAGUAGAACUGCUGUUUGAAUGUGUCUUUUCUGACUGAAGAACAGUG